AUGAUCAUGAAUCUGUUCAAGGCCAUGCCCGCUCGGGCUCAGGCCUUCGCCACCGUGAAGCCCCAAGCCCGCUUCAUGGCCACCGUUCGUCAGCGUGCCGCGCUGGAGCCCGCCACCUUCACCAUCCGUGACGGCCCCAUGUUCACCGGCAAGUCCUUUGGCGCUCGCUCCAACAUCUCUGGUGAGGCGGUCUUUACCACCUCCUUGGUCGGGUACCCCGAGUCCCUGACCGACCCCUCCUACCGUGGCCAGAUCCUGGUUUUCACUCAGCCUCUGAUUGGAAACUACGGUGUGCCCUCUGCCGAGAAGGACCCCAACGGUCUUCUCAAGUACUUCGAGUCCCCCAACCUGCAGGCGGCCGGUGUGGUCGUCGCUGAUGUUGCCGAGCAGUACAGCCACUGGACUGCCGUUGAGAGCUUGGGCGAGUGGUGUGCGCGGGAAGGUGUUCCGGCCAUCUCCGGUGUUGACACUCGUGAGAUCGUCACCUACCUCCGUGAGCAGGGUUCGUCCCUGGCUAAGAUCACGGUUGGCGAGGAGUACGAUGCCAACGAGGAUGAGGCCUUCACCGACCCGGAACAGAUUCACCUGGUGCGUCAGGUCAGCACCAAGCAGCCUUUCCACAUCAGCGCUGCCGACCCUCACUCGCACGUUGCCGUCCUCGACUGCGGUGUGAAGGAGAACAUCCUGCGCAGCCUGGUUAACCGUGGCUCUAGCGUCACUGUCUUCCCCUUCGAUUACCCCAUCCACAAGGUGGCUCACCACUUCGAUGGUGUCUUCAUCUCCAACGGCCCCGGUGACCCCACUCACUGCCAGGACACCGUCUUCCACCUGAAGGCUCUGAUGGAGACUUCCCAGGUCCCCAUCUUCGGUAUCUGCUUGGGUCACCAGCUGCUCGCUCUGGCCGCCGGUGCUCGCACCAUCAAGCUCAAGUACGGUAACCGGGCCCACAACAUCCCGGCUCUGGACCUGAGCACUGGUCGCUGCCACAUCACCAGCCAGAACCACGGUUACGCCGUUGAUGCCUCCACCCUGCCUUCUGAGUGGAAGCCUUACUUCGUGAACCUGAACGACCAGAGCAACGAGGGUAUGAUCCACAAGUCUCGCCCCAUUUUCAGCACCCAGUUCCACCCUGAGGCCAAGGGCGGUCCCCUCGACUCGUCCUACCUGUUCGAUAUCUACCUGGACAGUGUCAAGAAGUACAAGCAGAGCCAGGCCGGUCUGUACCCCCAGCGUGACAGCCGCCCCAGCCCCCUGCUGAUUGACCUUCUGGGCAACGAGCGUGUGGGUGUGCAGCCCACCAUUGGCAUGCAGAACGUUGCUGCCGCCGCCGCCGCUGCUGCUGCGGCAUAA